CGGGGGUUGCCAACUUACCAGCCUCUUCCUCGCACUCCGCCUGGCGCAUGCGCACCAGGCCCUAGGGCUGGGAAGCUCUUCUUUUCGGGGGUUGCCAACUUACCAGCCUCUUCCUCGCACUCCGCCUGGCGCAUGCGCACAAGGUCCUAGGGCUGAGAAGCUCUUCUUUUCGGGGGUUGCCAACUUACCAGCCUCUUCCUGGCACUCCGCCUGGCGCAUGCGCACAAGGCCCUAGGGCUGGGAAGCUCUUCUUUUCGGGGGUUGCCAACUUACCAGCCUCUUCCUCGCACUCCACCUGGCGCAUGCGCACCAGGCCCUAGGGCUGGGAAGCUCUUCUUUUCGGGGGUUGCCAACUUACCAGCCUCUUCCUCGCACCAGGCCCAGUUUCCUCUCCCGGCUUCUCUGCGCACGCGCCCAGCCUUCCGGCGCUCUCUUCCCGGCAAAAGGCGUCGCCAAGGCCGGGGGCGCGAAGCAGAUGGAAGGAGGCCUCCCGCCUGGGUCGAGGGGGACGAGCGGCCUCUGCGGCGGAUUAGAGGCGAAGGAGGCCAUUCCGGACGGGAGGCUGAGCGAGCUCGGGUUGCCUCACGGCCAGCGCAGGCGCAGUACACUAGCCGUUAAGCUCGCCGUGAAGGGGCGGGCCGGUCGCGCUCUGCGCACGCGCUGCCUGGGCUUUCGCGGACGGCAGCCGCCUGGAGACAAACUUGCGGCGCGCCAGCCGCGCGAACGACCCUCGCUGCCGAUGCGGAGUCUUUGACGGGACGGCGAGCGCCGAGGGACACACCAGGUGAAGUGAUGCAAUAAGAGAAGCUUGCGGGGUGGGGGGGGAAGGUUGCGCUCUGCCCAUGCUCAGAGUCCCGGUGUCCCCCACCCACCCCAGUCCGGGGCGGAAGCCGUUGGUGGUGGGUGUCAGGAGGAGGGUGGGCUCGCCGGCACUCUGUGGAUGCUCAGAGGCACAGCUGCCUCUCCGGCUGCGUCUUCGGGGCUGGAGGAGGAGGGGUCGUGAGGACUCGAGACUGCUUUUCAUGCUGUGCUUCGGGGGUCGUAACCAAAUAACGAUAAUAAUGAUAAUAGAUCAUAAUAUUUGAGCCCUUGGAGGCCUCUCAGCUCCAGGGGUUUGGGGAAGCAGCUGGUUAUCUCACCACCUUUGAGCCCAGCUUUCAGUCCAGCUUCUAAGACUGGGUGCCUGCUGCCAGUCACGGUAGACUGGCGUUUAUAAUAAACUAAAAGGAGGCAUUCUGAUCAAUCCUUCUGUAUGUUUUCCACCCCCCUCUACUCCCCUGCACCAGUGCUGAGCCCUGACCUUGACUUUGUAAAAAUAAUUUAUUUAAUCAUUUUCGUAUUUUUUAUACUGCUGUUCAUUGCAAAUCUUCCAGAGACCAACAAAUCUUUAAAAAUAAAAUUAAUGCCAAAUAAUCCAAAUAUCAUAAAACAAUGAACAAAAGGCAACAUGGCCUAGCAGGCUACAUUUUAAAAUGCCAUUCAAAAGCUAUGGGAGCACAUACAGUAUGAUAAAACCUUCUAUUAGCAGCAAGGGGGAAACAGAUCAGCUUUUCAAAAGGUCUGAAAAACCUCAGGCUGCAGAUCUUCUGAAAAGGAAAUUCAUAGGGGAUAUUCAGGCAGGAUGCAGCAUUUGGAAAGGGAGCAUUUUAUUUUUCAGAUCUGUGGUGCUGAUUAUCCUUCCCACCUUCUGCAUGAAAGAAUGUCUUGUUCAUGCACAAUCAAAACUGAUUACUCAGCAGAAAAGACCCCCCUGCGUUCCAUUGGACACUCUUCCAAGCAGUGGUAGACACUCAGACAUAUAAGCUAACCACCAAAUCGCACCUUAAACCGAGGUUACAGUCACCAGAAAGACCAGGUUUGAAAUCUGCACUUGGCCACGAAGCUCACGGAAUUACCUUGGGCCAGUCUUUCUCUCAGCCUAACCUACCUGGUAGGGCUGAUGUGAUGAUAAAAAAGGAAGGGGCAGGGAGACGUUUGUAUGUCACAGUGAGCUCUUUGGGUUAAAAAUUGGGAUAUAAAUCUAUUUUUAAAAUAAACAGAAUGUCUAGUUGCCAUUUUGGGGCAAGACGGCUCUAAAGUCUUACUUUAUGCAUUGACUGUGAUUGAUUUUCAGUUAAACAUCUGGCUAGUUCAGAGGACAACCUUGAGCGAGGUUAAGAGCUUUGAAAACUUAAAGAAGAAAAGUCCCCUGAUCCAGGGACAGUCCACACAUCUAUUGGCCUGUUCCGACCUCUUUAAACUCUUUAGCGACUGCAGCCUUGGUUUAAGGACCCAUUUGGCACCUAGCUUAUAUAUCUGAGUUUCUAGCACUGACAGGGGCGUAAGUGACCGCCUUGUUCUGCAAGAGACCAUUGGUCAGUCUAGCUCAGUAUUGUAUACGCUGACCAGCGGUGGCUCUCCAGAGUUUCAGCCAAUAUCUCUCACGGCCCACGGAGUGGUUAUCGGGGACUGAAGCUGAGCUUGUCUGCAGGCAAAUUGGGUGCUCUAAACCCUCAGCUACGCUCCUCCCUUUUCUUUGGGGAUCCUAUACAGUAUCUUUCUUUUUUUAAAAGAAGACACACCACCAUAUGUAAACCGUUCUCUUGUGGACGCUCCUUCCUUGGAGGUUUGGAAGCAGAGGUUGGGCGGCCGGCCGUCUGUCAUGGAUGCUUGAGGAGAGAUUCCUGCAUUGCAGGGGGUUGGACUAGAUGUCCCUCGGUGUACCUUCCAACUGUAAAACUCUUGUCCCGCAGGUCGUAAUGGCGGCCAAGCGGAUCACCCAGGAGACGUUUGACGAUGUUGUGCAGGAGAACAUCAGCGACCUCGGCAUGGAUCCGGAAGAGGCUGUGAUCGAAGCCGUCCAGCAGUUUGAGUCUCAAGGUGUGGUUUUUGCAAAGAGAUGUUUUUAACUGGCUGGGUAGACCUGAGAUGGCACAGCCUUCUUCUAUUCUAUGAAUCCCUACUGAGGACCCCUACUCAUUGCCCCCACUGCUCCGUGUCUUUUCUCCAGGUGUUGACUUAAGCAACAUAGUGAAGACAGCCCCCAAUUCCGCCUCUGUGGAUGGGCAAGAGCCACAGCAUGCUGUUUUGCAGGUGAGAAGGGUGCCUGGGGCCGCCCAAGAAAGGAUGAAAGCCCCAGGGGUUCCUUUGGGAAGGGGCCGUGGCCCAGUGGCACCACAAGGACCUCAGGCUGAAUCCCGGGCAUCCUGAAGUUGGGCUGGGAAUGUUCCCUCUACAGUGGUACCUCUAGUGGCGGACGUAAUCCAUUUCGGGGUGCCGUUUGCACCCCAAAAAGUCCGCAACUAGAGCGCCUCUUCUGCGCAUGCACGGGUGGCGAACCCGGAAAUAAACACUUCUGGGUUUGCCACAUUCGUAAGCUGAAAGUCCGUAACAAGAGCGGAACGCAACACGAGGUAUGACUGUAUUCCUAUUUAAACCAGGGCUUUAAUCAAAACCAUGAGCACUAGAAUCUUGGUUUAUUUCUUAGAAAAGGAGCACAGCUCAGUGGGUGGGCAGCACCUGUUCUGUAAUAUUGAGCUCAAUGGUCUGACUCGGUGUUAAGCAGAUCCCUAGGGCCCUAAGCAUCAGAAGGUCAAAUAUAUAAGCUGGGCGUCAAACGGCUCCUUAAACCAGGGUUAGGUCGGCAGAGUAGAAUGCCUACUUGCCAUUUGGAGGCCAGACAGCUCGAAGGUCAUAUUUUUUAAUAGGGCUUUUGGGUUCCUGAAAUUCAUUCUGAUUGUGCCGAUAAAAUGGAGUUCUACAAGAAGGGGUAUGUGUGUGUGAAAACAGCCCAAACCCAAGGACCCCCAGGCAGGCACCUCCAGGUGGUGGAGACGCCAGGCGCCUUCCUGGCACCCAGCCAUCUUCACCUAGCCAGGUGCAAAAUGGUAUCGCAAUGUUAAACACCAGCCCCGUCCUUAUAUCAGCCAUUGUGAUCUCCUGGUGUGUCGCAAUGCGUAGCUGGCGAUUUCCCGCGAUGUUGAAAACCAGCUAUUGCCCAGCCCUACUCGCUCCUUUCCUUCCGCAGACUCUGGACUCCUUGCAGAAGGCAGUUGCUGAUGCCGACUCGGGCGCGGUGGACGAGCUGCUGGUGAGCUUUGCGGAGCAGUGCAGGCAGGAGAUGGCCGUCCGCUACUUGGCGGGGCAGAAGGGCGCUUAUCCUGCCGUGCUGGCCGCCUGCCGCCUGGCUUGUGAGGAAGGCUGCUCCCUCCUCAAAGCCCUCCGCGCCCUCUCCGCCCUCCUGGACGGCCAGCCCGACUUCCUCGAUGCCCCCGGGCAGGAGCUGCUUCUGCGGGUCUUGCGGGAGCGGCAGGAUGAUGGCGACCUGACCCUGGCCACCAUCCGCUGCGUCCGGCAGGCGUCCCUCAAGCACGAGCAGAACCGGCAGGACCUGGUGAAAGGCGGCGUCCUCUCCCUGCUGGUCGGGGCCGUUGUCCGCCAUGGGGACCGGGCCGAUGUGGUCCGGGAGGCCUGCGCGGGGCUGCGGUUCAUGACCUUCGACGACGAUAUCCGGGUGCCCUUUGGCCACGCCCACGAGCACGCCAAGAUGAUCGUGACGGAGCACGGCGGACUGAGGGUCCUCAUCGAAGCCGCCAAAGGUAGAGGCAUUGCCCCUUCCUCCCCACCCAUGGAAUGCAAGGAGAGCCCUUCUGGGUCAGGCCAGAGGGAGGGGGGGAAUUCGAUUCUAGCGUUACCGGAGGCAAGACCUCCCUCUCUGUCUUUCCAACGCCAGUCAAAGACAACCAAGAAGUGGUUUGGGUGUUGUCGGUUUUUUGCCAAAUCCUUUUUAUUGAUUUUCCAAAUUCAAUGCAAUUUCCCCCAAAAUAGGUUUCCCACACUCCACGCAAGGUUUCCUCUUGUUGCUGCUUUGUUUCCCGGGUUGUUCCCAAUGCUCAUUCCAUUAAACUUACAUGUUCUGAACCAUCGGCUCUCUGCUUGCCAAUUCCUGCACGUACGAUAUUUCAGCAUUUGCAAUAUUGAGGAUUGACUUCACGACAGAAGUACUGUUCUUGGGAGACAGGGGGUGGGCAGGUGUGGGGGACUCCCUGGUCCUGAAUGGGGCAGCUGUGUUGGUGUUGACUCUGAAAGCCCUAAAUGGCCUCGGCCCAGUAUACCUGAAGGAGCGUCUCCACCCCCAUUGUUCUGCUCAGACACUGAGAUCUAGCGCUGAGAUCGUCUGGCGGUUCCCUCACUGCGAGAAGCCAAGAACAGGGAACCAGGCAGAGGGCCUUCUCGGUAGUGGCACCUGCCCAGUUGAACGCCCUCCCAUCAGAUGUCAAGGAAAUAAACAACUAUCAGACGUUUAGAUGACAUCUGAAGGCAGCCCUGUUUAGGGAAGUUUUUAAUGACUGCUGUUUGUUGUAUUUUUAAUCUUUGUUGGAAGCCGCCCAGAGUGGCUGGGCAAACCCAGACAGAUGGGCAGGGUAUAAAUAAUAUAUUCUUAUUCUUAUUCUUAUUCUUAUCUACAAGUGAGGUUACUCCACAAAUCCUCAAAUCCUCAAUGAAUCAAUAAUUGUCAUUUUUCAAAUUCCUUUUCUUUCUUUCUGCAUGUAUGAAGCCCAAAAGCUCACUUUUACUUUUCACAACCAGGUACGAUUCACAAACCAUCUCGCUUUCUCUUCCUCCUCCUCUCAGCCUUCCCCGACGACUGCAGCGUCCUGAGGGAGAUCUGUGCCACUCUGGGGCGCCUCUCUGUCCGGAAUGAGUUCUGCCAGGAGAUUGUGGACCUGGGCGGUUUAAACUUCAUGGUGGCGCUGCUGGCCGACUGCAUUGACCACCAGGUACUACAAAUGUAGGUAGCUGCCAUGUCAGAUCACUGUGUCUGUCCAACCCAGUAGUGCCUACUCUGAUUGGCAGUGGCACUCCAGGCAGGGCUGGCCUGAUCCAUGGAUACACCAUGGAUCGAAAUAAAUCAGGAUUUCGGUCCUCAUUAUUCUGAAGGAAGGACUGAUGGACUAAAAAUCUAAGCAGCAUCUUCAUAUUGCACUGCGCCAGCAAUCCAUCUAGCUCAGUAUUACCGACACUGGCUGGCAGCCGUUCCCCAGGAGUUCCAGGGGACAUUCCAGAAAUGCCAGGGAUUAAACUCAUUUUCAUGCAUUUCUUUAAAGUUUUUCUUGGUCUGUGUUUUGUUUGAAAGGAAGUCUGAGACCAAACUCCUCCUGGAAAAGUUGAUUCCAGUGGGAUCAGGGACUUUUGAGAGUUUUCUCACCAAUGCUCCAAAACUCCCCCCCCCUUUUUGGGUAAAAACAGCUAAAAGCAAAGGGAUUUUCAGAUACAUAAAAGCCAAAAGCGUUAGGGAGGCUGUCCCAACUGCAGCGCAGACGACCAUUUUAAUUUCCGUGGGCUUGCGUUGGGUAAUAUUAAUAAUGAAAAGAACAGGGGGGAAAGCCUUUUAAACUUUGCAUGGGGGAGUUUUUGUUUGUUAUUAUAGUAUUUCUUGUGUUCUUAUAUUGCAAACUGCCCUGUGAUCUUCAGAUGGAGGGCGGUAUAGAAAUCUUCAUCAUCAUCUUGGAAAGGAGUCGAAAUAAUAAUAAUAAAUAAAGUUUGUUCUGGGUAUAAGCUUUUGUGUGCAUGCACACUUCUCCUAAGGUGGUUUCUAAGGUGUUGCUGGACAAUUUUUUAUUCCGACUGCAUCAGACCACCUACCUGACUCUAGACUCCUGGGAAGCAGAUGCUCUGCCUUGGAGCUACAGCCGCUCCCCUAAAAAAAAAAGAAUAGUAUUUGUUUUUCCAGUAUCUUAGUAUUUGCUUCUCCACCCCAGAUCCAAACUUUAGCUGACUUGGUGGGCUGGCUGUCUGUCCUGGAUGCUGGAGCCGGGAUUCCUGCAUUGCAGCGGGUGGGACUAGAGGACCCCCAGGGUCCCUUCCAACUCUGCGACCGUGUGGCUUUCUUUUCAAACCUGUUCUCACGCCUUGGGUCUUUGCCCUUCCGCUGCGGAUUGUAGGACCUGGUGAAGCAGGUGAUGAGCGCCAUCCAGGCGAUCGCGGGCAACGACGACGUGAAGGACGCCAUCGUCAAUGCCGGAGGGACAGACCUCAUCGUGCUGGCCAUGACUCGGCACCUCGGCAGCCCUUUGGUGAGUGGGUGUCGGUAGAGGAAGCUUCCAUUUAUUGGCUGGUCUGUUGCAUUUAUCCCGCCUCUUCCUCCAAGCAGCUUAAAGCAGCGUUAGGUCGUUCACCUCUACAGGUGUAACCCUCACGACCACGAUGUGAGGGGGUUAGACUGAGAGGCCCCAACCAGCCCAUCACCUUGUCAUGGGGAGUGGGCUUGCACGUUCCUAUGACCCUUGUGAGCGCAGCCGUCGGGAGUCUCGUACUCCCAGCAGGGUCACCCAAGGCAGUAAGGUCAAAGGGGAAGAGCUAGACAAAGCACGAUCCCAGAAGUCCUCAACGGCAUAACAGGCGGAAGAUAACAAGCGGUGAAGGCAGAGGAAGAAUCUACCGGUCAUCGUGAUCCUCAUGCCAUUGGAAUAGAGCCUUGCUGUGCAGACUGUGCGUUGGUCAGCAUGCCCUGAUCUACACGCAUAAAACAAAUUCACACACAGGCGUCUUCCAAAAACCCAUCCUGAACUCAAACCCUAAAGGCCCAUGGGGAUCGGCAAAUGGUAACGGGGGCAGGACCGUGAAAUCUGGAAGCCCCUAGUCAAGAACCGGCACAUAGGCAGAUACAGAUUCACUCGCUCUGACUCAAGGAACGAGGCAGUUGAGUAGCUUGGCAGCUGUAUCCAUGACUGAGCAGCCCUAUUUAGGAUCCACCCUGCUCACCCCGAAAAGGGGGAGGGGCUAGAAAAGGUGCCCUAAACAUAGUCUGCCUGCCUUUUUCCCUGACUGGAUUACCGUGCCCUUUGAGGUCACCACCCAGCGGUCGUAAAAGACAAUUGAACUUUGGAACCUGGACUAUACAGACUUUGUUGGAUAGCACAGACAAUCAACGUCCCGAACGCAGAACUGCCAUCAUUGCAAGAGAGCUGUGAUGUUUUAACUUCAAUAUUGCAGCGCUUCAAGGAACUCGAAGAGCAGGUGAGGGACAACUGAAGGAAGAAAGGGGAGGCUACAUUUUCUUCUGGAAAGGUCUGUCAGAACAAGAACAUUGAAUACACGGAGUAGGCUUUGCUAUCAAAAACGAUCUUGUGAAGCUCUUCUCAGAAGUCCCUUAAUGAGCGACUUUCAACCCUUCAACUAAAACUCACCCAAAACCAUCAGGCUCCUAUUCUAAGCGCUUAUGCACCAACACUGAUUGCUGAUGAAGAUAUUAAAUAAAAAUUUUACUCUCAGCUGAAUAUCCUCCUGGGUAAUUUUAAUGCAAGAGUUGGGCAAGAUUUUGAUCUGUGGCCUGGGACUAUUGGGAAAGAAGGAAUAGGCAACAGCAACCAGAACAGAAUCUGACUUUUGACGAUAUGUGCAGCGCACAACCUUGGUAUUACCAACACACUCUUGACAAAAAAAUAAGUUUAAAACAUCUCGGAAUCACCCUCGGUCAAACCACUGGCACUGCUUAGACUAUGUAACCGUCCGAGCUGAAGAUUGCUGUGAUUCGCUCCUUACCAGAGCUACGGUGAGUGCUGACGACUGCUGGACAGAUCACCAAUUAAUACGCUCCACAAUGGCUCUCAAGACUAUACCUCAACGCAGGCUUCAAGGAAGGGAACCAAGGAGCACAAUGAACACUCAAGCCCUUCAAGAUCCCAUUAAGCAGGAUUGCUUCCAAACGACUCUUAGGACCAUCUGCUUCUAGAUUUCCCUGAUAAUAUUGAGGAACACCAGACCAAGCUAAAAACAUCUAUUACUGCAGCCUGCGAACAAACUAUUGGAUACCAAACCAAGAAACAGCAGGACUGGUUUGAUGAGAAUGACAGUGAGAUUGAACACAUUAUUGACAAGAAAAGGAAGGCCUUUCAGAUCUGGCAAAGGGAUAAAAACUGUGACACUAAGAAAAAACAACCCUAUGCCAACGCUAAGGCUGAGGUUCAAAGAAAAACCAGAGAACUAAAGAACACCUGGUGAAAAAAGCUCAAGAGAUCCAGCACUUAGCUGACACUCGUGAUGCACAAAGCCACAAAGACCAUCUAUGGGCCAAUAAAUCAUGGCAUCUGCCCCUACACUUAACAGACUUCUAAAAGAUAAAGAAGCUAUUGCACUGCGCUAGAAAAAACAUUACCAGCAUCUCCUUAACCGCAACUCCCCCGUUAGAGAUGAGCUUGCAGUAUCUCCAAAUCUGGGAGAGUUGUGUACAGCUAUUAACCAAAUGAAAAACAACAAAGCCAGUGGGUCUGAUGGAAUACCUGCCAAAGUCUUCAAAGUUGGCGGAAUUGGACUUGCACAACAACUUCACAAACUCAUUGAAAAAUCACAUCACUUGGGAAGACAGGCAAACUAAUAUCAGUGUACUGGAAGAAGCAAAGUUCACCAGUCUUGAAGCAAUGGUUCUUCAACAUCAACUUCGUUGGACUGGUCACGUUGUGCGGAUGCCUGAUUAUCAUUCUCGAAAGAAACUACUCUAUUCUGAACUUUAAAAAAUUGAAAGCGUAAUGCUGGUGGUCAACAAAAGAGGUUUAAAGACUCUCUCAAGGCAAAUCUUUUAAAAUGUAGUAUAAACACAGACAACUGGGAAACACUGGCCUGCGAGCGCUCCAGUUGGAGAACAGCCUUUACCAAAGGUGUCCUGGGCUUUGAAGACGCUUGAACUCAGGACAAAAGGGAGAAACAUGCUAAGAGGAAGGCACGCUUGACAAACCCUCACCAUGAUCAACUCCUGCCCGGAAACCUACAGAAUGUCCCCACUGUGGAAGAACGUGUGGAUCCAUAAUUGGCCUCCACAGUAACUUACAAACUCACAUUUAACCCAGAGGUUUUCAACAUUUUUGAGUCCACGACUCCCUUGACCAACUACAUUCUUUCUGCGGCACCCCUGUGGGGCUCACUCCUUUCCUGGUGAACCAGCAGCCCCUCAUCCCUUUUUGAGCACUUUCCCUAGUUGUGUGUUCCCUCAGCCUCCUCCCCACCCUCUUCUUGGGAGUCCUCUAGGCAGCCACUGCUGACACCCCUGGUCUCUGAGCUGCCCCCCGCUGCCCCAAAGAGAGAUGCCUCCCAGAGGCCCCUUUCCCCUGGGAAGCCUAUAGCCGGGCUGCUGCAACAAACAGCUGUGCAAGCCUUUGGGAGGCAGAGGUGCAAGAGGGCAUCAGAGGAGGGAGGGAAGGAAAGAAGGACAGAGGCCAGUGCUGCCCGCUGCACCCCUGAUCAUCAUUCAAGGCACCCCAGGGUGCCACAGCACACUGGUUGAAAACCACUGCUUUAACCACUACACCACAUUGGCUCUCCUUGGUUGCUCCCAGUUCCUUUGCUGUUCUUGAACACCCUCCCUCAUCUUUUGCCCCUUCCCCUGGAUCAGCCCCCUCCAGAAGCAAGAGGGUGUGUGCAUGCUCUGCCCUGUUCCAGGGGAUCAUAGAAUUGUAGAGUUGGAAGGGGCGGCAUGCAAAUUGAAUAAACAAAUAAUUGUUACACUAUAUUAAAAGCACUUGAAAAGAACUUAAACUUGCAGAAAUAAUAUUACUGUACGAUACAAUGCAAGAGUGGCGUCAAGCUUGCUGUAUAAUAAAAAUGCAAGUGUGUCGGCAGUCGGUUGAACAUGGCUGCCUGCGUUUCCGCCCUCAGGUGUGUGAGCAGAGUUGUGCGGCCUUGUGCAUGCUGGCGCUGCGGAAGCCCGAGAACUGCCGGGUCAUCAUGGAAGGGGGCGGGGCCUUGGCAGCGCUGCAGGCCAUGAAGAUGCACCCCAAGGAAGCUGGCGUGCAGGUAACAAUCUUGCGCUGUAAGAGACAGGAGUCACUCUUUCACCCACCCUCUGCCCUGGCGUAACCACAAUUACCUCUGAAGGUAUCAAGCCUGCUUUCCCACAAGGGUAUAAGAUGGGCUGCGUCUGGUGUUGGAACUACUGUUUCUGGGGGACAGGGGGCAGGCAGGUGUGGGGGACUCCCUGGUCCUGAAUGGGGUAACUGCCCCCGAAGGACCAGUUGCACAGCCUGGGAGUCAUUUUGGACUCACAGCUGUCCAUGGAGGCGCAGGUCAGUUCUGUGUCCAGGACAGCUGUCUCCCAGCUCCAUCUGGUAGGCAGGCUGAGACCCUCCCUGCCCGCAGACUGUCUUGCCAGAGUGGUGCAUGCUCCGUUUAUUUCCUGCUUGGACUACUGCAAUGCGCUCUAUGUGGGGUGGGGCUACCUUUGAAGGUGACCCGGAAACUACAACUAAUCCAGAAUGUGGCAGCUAGACUGGUGACUGGGAGCGGCCGCAGGGACCACAUAACACCAGUCUUGAAAGACCUAUAUUGGCUCCCAGUACGUUUCCGAGCACAAUUCAAAGCGUUGAUGCUGACCUUGAAAGCCCUAAACGGCCUCAGCACAGGGAACCAGGCAAAGGGCCUUCUUGGUGGUGGCACCCUCCCUGUGGAACACCCUCCCAUCAGACGUCAAGGAGAUAAACAACUACCUGACUUAGGCAGCCCUGUACUGGGAAGCUUUUUAUCUUUGAUGUUCUAUUUUGUUUUGAUGUGUGUUGGAAGCCACCUAAAGCGACUGGGGAAACCCAGCCAGAGAGGCGGGCAUAAAUAACAAAAUUGUUACUAUUAGUAGUAUUAGUCCUACUCUGAAGGCCCACUGAAAUUAACAGAAACAUCUUAACACCAUACUGGAAAACCACACAAUGAAUCCCUAGAGUGCAAUAUUAUAUCCCUUUUUUAACAUACUGUUGAUUUUACUGGUUUUACGAACAUUAUAAUUUUGUAAAUAAUGUACAUUUUAAUUAAGUGUAAACCACUUAGGAAGUGUAUCAAUGUUGCUUAAGGUGCCAUAUAUUUUGGAGAGCUGUUUCUCUCCUCGCCCCUUACAUUUGGGCAUCUCUUAAGGUACCAUAGGCAACGUCUGCAUGAUGGUUUCUGAGAUCAAGGAGCAGUUUUCUGCCUGCGUAGGGUAACAAGUUUUGACUCAAGGUGGCGAGCAGAACCUUUCAAAAUGGUGCUGAUUUUAUUCAAAAAUUGCAUAGUGGUCCUUGAGAUCAAGGCGCAGGUUUCGGCCUACGUUCGGAUACAACAUUUUGAAUCAAAACGGCACUGAUAUUUUUGUUGUUGCUUCUCAGAGUUCCCAGGCGACGCUGGGCGCUUUCUUCUGCUAACGAAGUGAAUCGUUUGCCAUUUUUCUCUUUCUCCGUCCAGAAACAAGCCUGCAUGCUGAUCCGCAACCUCGUCUCCCACGCUCAGGAUUUCUCCCAGCUCAUUCUGGACAUGGGUGCUGAGGACUUGAUCGCCGAGGCCCGGGCCGCCCACCGGACGUGCGAGGACGUGGCCAAGGCCGCCUUGAGGGACCUGGGCUGCCAGGUGGAGCUGAGGGAGCUCUGGACGGGCCAGAAGGGCAGCCUGGCGCGCUGACACCCGGAGACGCCGGGAAACGGGGGGUUGGAAGCGGUGGGGAUGAGCGGAGAGCAAGAUGGACUUGCAGACGGGAAUAAACGCAGCCCAAGGGAGAAGGAGGGUGUUGGCCUUGGGGGCCAUUAGCUGCACAGGCCCCGGAAAUUCACCGGAGCGCCGCCAUUUAGUUUUCUGCGCCAAUUCUUCUGUGCAGUGUAUGUUGUUAUUUUAAAGAUCUGCAGCUUCAAGAGCUUGACUGGCCGACCCUAGAAAAUGGAGUGGCGCCUGCGGAGAAAGCUUCCCUUUCUAUAAAAGUGGCCAAGAGCAAAAAGCAGCAACAAUGGUGGGUGGGGGAGAAGGCUGGCAGGCCGCUUGUUCCAUUUACAGCUGUAUUUUGGCCCUACCCUGGCUCUCCAUAUGGCCUGGCAGGCUUCUCCACCUUCAAUUAGGCAACCACUGCUCCCUGCUGUCCUCCAUUCUUCUUCCAGAUGUGCCAUCCUCUUUCCCCUGGCCGUUCUUUUUCCUCUUGUGUCAUCAUGCUGCUGGUUUAAAGCAAUCAUGUGCCUGUCUCAUUAUUGUUCUCUACGGUUCUCCUCUUUGGUCUCAUGAUAGUUACAAGAAAGGAGAUUCCAACUAAACAUUAGGAGUAACUUUCUGUUGUUGGCAAGAUCCGUUCGACAGUGGAAUGGUCUCCUUUGGGAGGUUGCAGACUCUCCUUCCUUGGAGGUUUGGAAGCAGAGCUUGGAAUGCCAUCAGCUGAGAUUCCGGCAUUGCAGAAAGUUGGACUAGAGGACCGGGGAAUCUCUUCCAACUCAACCAUUCUCAUUCUAGUUGGAUAAAAGUUGGCUCUCUCACA